CUCUGAGCGCCUGUCAGCAGCAGCAGCUGUUUGUUGGGGCCGAACUCUCUGCUUCAUAGCCUCUAAUGUCUCGUAGUUUUCGCUGCAUUUCGACCUGACGGCUGAACGGUUCUGUUCCGGUUGCCGUCUCCUCUCACCGCCUCUCCCAGCCGUUCGCUGUGCUCGGUUACAGCUGUGUUCGGUGCGGUCGUCGGUUAACGGACGAUGGUUCUGUCUGCAUCACAACAAGUCGCUCUGGCUUUCACGGCCGUCCUCUUCACGUUCGUCGUCCUGCCGAGGCUGUUCGGUGUCGGCGGGGGAACCGCGGCCAAGGACGCUAAAUUCGACUCUCGUUACACCAGAAAAGCAGGUCCAGGCCCGGGUGCAGUGAGGGGUCAGCCCAUCAAUGUGAACGGCCCCGGCUCAUAUCAGACCCCUGAGAACUUGCAGCAGAUGAAGAAACGGAUGGAGCAAGAGCUGAAGAGUGACAAAUAUAAAUCCAACAGCAACAAGGGUUAUGUGUUCACACUGAUGCCUCUCUAUGCCAUCGGAGUUGGAGUGUUUGCAGCCUACAAGUUUCUGAAGAUCAAGUCUGCAGAUGACAAGGCACAAAAGGACAAAUUUGCAAAAGGGGCCAAAAAAUCAGUGGAAGCAGAAAACCAGUUGAAUGAGCUGGAACAAAGGCUGGCACAGACAGAAAGGAUGCUCAACUCCAUCCUCACCCAGCUGGACCCACUCACUAACUGUGUGAAGUCGGUGGCUCAGGACCAGAAGAAUGAGAUCAUGUCUCAACUCCAGACCAUCCGGUACCUGAUGAAGAAGAGAGGAAUGGACUGUCCACCCCUGAACAUCAAUGAAUCGUCCUGUGAACGUAAUCUGGAUGACCUCAUCGAGUCCCUCGGGGCCAGUGACACCACAGCGGACAAACAAUCCUCUGCAGUAACGGCAGAGGCUUCUAAAAAAGUUUAUGAGAAGCAUUCAGAAGCUAGAGAUGAUGCAGCAGCAGAAGGUGAGGAGAUGAAGGAGCUCAGACCAGAGGAAUCUGACGGGGAAGCAGCAAUCGAAGAAGAGGAUGUGGAGGCAGAGGAGGAGGAGGAUGACAGAGCAGCAGAGGAGGAAGAGGAGGAGGAGGAAGGAUUGGAGCACUCUGAGCUCAUGCCUUCUCUAGAAGACUUGUAUGAGACAAACAUUGAGGAGGUCGGAGCAGAUCAGCUGGCGUCAGGCCUCAGGCGACGCAACAGGCCUGAAUGAACUCACAGUAGGACUUCUGCACUGUACAGAAAUGUGACAGAUUAUUAAGAAUAUUUAUUAUGUCAAAUGCUUUCAUUCCAAAAGGCUGUCUGCACAUGCAUCCAUGUCAUAUAAUGCAUUCAUUAGGAGAGGAAAGUGCUUUAACCGCAAACACACAAGGCUCUAUUUUUAUGUUCCAGUCACUCAGAACAGAACAGAUUCAUAACGUCACUGAAGGCAUCACAUAUUUUAGCUCGGUGUGCUUUAUGUAGAAAGGCGUCAGUGAAACUAGUAUGAAAAUUUAAUAUGUUUUGUUUGUGGCAAUAUACAAACAAAUGUUAGAUCAAAGAUGAAACAUCAUAAAGUCUUAGUAGGAUGUUAGAAAGCUCCUUGUCACGGAUUCUCCAAAAAUAAUGGAGCUCUAUUGAUUUACAGGUGUGAUUAGGGUGGUGGCAAGAAUCGCAUUUUCUGGGAUAUAUUUCACAAAGAAAUGUCUGUGAAUCCACCUCAAAUUCAAAGGUCCUUCUUAGUACCCAUGAACUUGCCUGAGAAUCUAAACGUUUUUAGGUUUUCAUCAGUGUCACAGUAACCAGUGAUAGUUGUCAUGGGUACACUGGAAACAGGAAUGAUUAAUAACUAAUUACUUUUCAGGGUGGCAAUUUGUGAAAGAUAUUUAAAUUCCAGCCAACAGAUCACUGACUGACUUCAUGCUCAACUACAGGAAAUGUGGAGCCAUACUUCCCAAAUCAAAUAAUAUUGAAUUAUAGCAGUGAGAAAACCAUCAAUGUUAUUUUUUUAUGCUAUGCAACCAAUAUUAAAGCUUAAAUUCCCUCUCUAGGAAUUCAGUAAUCCCCUGUAACUCUAACUCUGUUCCAAAAUAUUACAUAUUAGAUGUAACUCUGCACCACAGGUGUCCAAUUCAUUUUAGUUCAUGGGACACAUUCAGCCCAAUUUGAUCUCCAGUGGGCUGCACCAGUAAAAUCACAGCAUAAUAACCACAACUCCAAAUAUUUUCCUUUGUUUUAGUGUAAAAAAGUACAUUCUGAAAAUGUUCACAUUUAAUUAACUCUCUUUCUACAAAACAGUAUGAACAAACAGAAUUUUCAAUAAGUUCAAUUUCAGCAACAUUAUGCCUCAGUUUAUCAUUUACACAUUACAACUUACUGAUCACAGUGUCUACAAAGGUACAAAGCAUUAAGUCACAGGUAUAAAUUUAAUACAUUUACAAGGCAGGAGGAUCGCUUAACCUUCUUCCUUAAUAGGGAGUCCGUUCAGGUAGCCAGGAUUACUACACAGAUGUAGAAAUUCAUGUAAAUUUAAAAUAAUUUCUAGAUCUUGGCAAGCUGUUUUGAUCAUAAAGUAAAAUACUGUAUCGAUCCGGUCCAGAUAUGUGACUAAAUGUUUUGUACCUUGGUAGAUACUCUGUGAUCUGUAAGUUGUAAUGUGUAAAUGAUAAACUGAGGCUUAAUAUAGUUGAAAUUGCAAUUAUUUUUCUUUAAAAAUUUCUGGUUGUUCAUUAUAUUUUGUAAAAAUAUAGUGCGUUAAAUGUGAACACUUUCAGAAUGUACUUUUUUGCACUAAAGCAAAGGGAAAUAUUUAAAGUUGUUGUUAUUUAUUUAUAGGUUAUUAUGUUAUGAUUUUACUGGUCCGGCCCACUUGAGAUCAAGUUGGGCUGAAUGUGGCCCCUGAACUGAAAUGCCUUUGACACCUCUGCUCUAGUGGGCCGGUUUUGGCCCACGGGCCUUAUGUUUGACACCACUGCUCUACACCGUUGCAUCCUUCAGAACAUGCAAGUUCCUGCCUCAUGGUGUCGACUGUGUGUUUCGCUCAUAAUACGUCCUCCGGUAUAGAAGAAACACCAGAUGGAGAUGUUAACAAGGUGAAAAAUGGGAUUGUCAUUGGAAGGGGUCUUUAAUACGGGUGUUACUGGGGUUUUGGAGGCGUAUUGCUACACAGAAACAGAAAUCCCCCUUCUAAAGGAUUCUGUUGUCACAUUUUUGUCCAUACUUGACCUUUGCUGAAUGAAACAACCUUAACAGCACCAUAAUUUUCAUCUCCAUCUUACCCUCAGAAAGCUGUACUAGAACAUGUAUGCAUGAUGUGACCUAUGCUUCACACUCUCACAACACAAUCUGGAAAUAACAGCUUUUUAGUAGGAAAUUGGAGACAAACCUUUGCCUUUGAGGAGGGUAUAACUUUGGAACAUCCCAGCAUAACAAAGUGCUACUUGUUUCAGUCUUUGUGCAGACAUAAAAAUAGAGCCAACAACAUCCUUCGCUGUUCUGUUGACAUUUUAUAACACCAAUAUUAACAUUUUAAAACAGAUUUUGUUUAUAUGCACUUACUAGUUAUUUAAAUUUGCACCGGCCUGGAUGCUGAAGCCAAACAUUUCAAUGACAUAUUAUCCAGGAGGUUGUUUCAUGUCUGUCUGCCUUUAACCUUCUAGUGGGUACUGAUGAUGCAUUCAGGUGCUCAUCCUGCUCUGACAGCUCCAAAUGUCUGCUGUGGUCCUCCUUUUUUCUCCCCUGAUACCUACUGUAGGACAUGAGCUUGAGAGUUUUGGGCUUUUGCAUCUUAAUCCUGCACCGUACUGUGCUGCCACCCUCAGGUUGCUGUUGGAAUAGUAAGAAUCCAACCAGUGCCAGGUGUGAUUAUUUAGUUCACACUACUCUUGUAUGAGGUUUGAGAAAACUGUGGAGUCUUACUAUGAAAAACGUUCUUUUUUAUUCUGACUAUAUCUUAAAUGGACUGACACUAAUGCUGCUGCUGGAUGCUGUUUAGGCUACAGAAUAUAACCGUAUAUCGUGGAAGUGUGAACUCGGGCUCGUGGCAUGUUUGUUUAUACAUCAAAGCAUAACUGCAUGUUUUUCAUUUCUUAGAAUUUUAUUUGUGUGCACAUUGUGACUGCAUGACAUUUGAAUUUAGGAGGAUUGACAAUCAUUUCAUCAGCCAGAAAUGCAUUAUCUCACAUUUUUCUGCUUUCCUUUUUUUUUUAUUUGUUUUUUUUAAGUAGGUUUUGAUUGUUAGAUACUGACUUCAUUUAAGUCUUUGCCUUAUAUUUCAGUUAUUUAUUUGAACUAGUGAUGAUGAGAGCUCACUGUGGUUGUUUCUAUGCUCUCUGUACCUCGAGCUACUAUCAGAACGCUCUUCUAAAUUUCCAAAUGCACCAAAGUAGUUCAAGUCCAGAUUUAAAAAAGAGAAGUCUUUGGUACCAAAAAGCACAGUCAUAACUGUGAAUAUGGCUUCCGGAGUAACAUUAAUAUUAAUCUCGAUAUAUUUGAUCACUUCCACACCUUAUGCCCAUAUCUGUUGCAGAUUAGCACAAAUCUUUGUGAUAAAACUUUGUGAUAGUAGCCCAAAUGUUAAUGUAGUAAAAUGUGGUAAAAAUGACAUUAAGAAAUAGUUGUAAUUUUAUAUAUAUAUAGCCAAAUGAGAUGCCCCUGUGAUAUAACAUUUAUUGUGAGGUGAUAUUAAACCAAAGCAUGAGUUCUUA